CAAUGGAGGGAACACUAGUUUCUGAAAUCCGGAUUCAUAUGCCUGCUGAGAAGAAGACUUGUGGUAUCUGUUUCGAUACUGAUUUUAGAGCUGAGCAGAUGUUUUGUGUUGCUUCUUGUGGUCAUGAAUUAUGUGUGGAGUGGGUGAAAUGGCAUAUAGAAGUGCGGGUAUUUGAGGGAGACGUACAAUGUCCUUGUUAUUAUUAUAGAUGCUGCUUCAAAUGCUGGGAACCUUUCUGCAUCGAUUGCAAAGUUCCUUGGCAUAAAAACUUGUCCUGCGAGGAUUACAAGAGAUUGUGUCCAAAUCUUACGGAAGAUGUUGUGCUAAACGUUGUAGCAAAUCAGAAAAAGUGGCGUCAGUGUAAUAAUUGCAAACAUUUGAUCGAACGAUCGGGAGGAUGCUACCGUGUAACUUGCAGAUGUGGAUUCUCGUUCUGCUACACAUGUGGAAACCAUAGGUGUGUUUGUUCCCCUCGAGAUCCGGCAACAGAACUUUGUGUUGGUUUCUUGUGUUUUGCCCUUUAUAUAUUAGCUUACUCUUAUUUAAUACUAAGCUCAGUGCGAUAG